UGUGCCUUGUCUUGUUUCCCAUAGUUUUGGCCAUGCUUUGCUGCAAGGAGAAGGUGCAGCCAUGUCAGAGUUUGUCAAAGCAGGAAAGCGUAUUCCAAGAAGAGGUGAAAUCGGUUUGACUAGUGAUGAGAUUGCAGAGUUUGAGAAAUGUGGCUAUGUCAUGAGUGGAAGCAGACAUCGGCGUAUGGAGGCUGUGUGUCUGAGAAAGGAAAACCAGAUCUACAGUGCUGAUGAGAAGAGGGCGCUUGCUUCCUUUAACCAAGAGGAAAGAAGAAAGAGGGAGAGCAAAAUCCUUUCUAGCUUCAGGGAAAUGGUGUACAGAAAAACUAAAGGCAAAGACGAGAAGUAGUCUGUCCUGCAGAAUUAUAUUUUCAUUUGGAAUAUAAUUUUUUUUUCUUUUCAAAAGGAAAAAGACAACAUAAAAUGUGAAUAAGGAUCAGAUUUUACUUAAUUUAUUUUUGUUUGCUUGGGCAUCCUCCUGUACAGGACACAGUAAACUAAAUUUUAUAUGUAUGUAUCUUUUCUUACAAACAAGAAAUAAACUGAUCAGUAGAACUCAAACCAUUAACCGCUGAAAUACAAUUCAUGUAAUGUGUUGCAUCUAAAUAAAAAUGGUUAUGUGUUUCAGUCAUGCUGGAAGGGUCAUUAAAGAGGAGAAUUGGCCUUUAAAGAUAACCCUGCAUUUAACCUUGUAAGGAUAGCUAAAUAUAGUUUUAGUUUUUUUAUGUUUCUCUAGUUUUAAAAAUUGCCAACAAUAAGUUUUUCUUUUUAAGAAUUCUUAUUUUUAUGUAGACUGGUGUAGUACGUAAUGUGCAUUACGUACAAUGUAUGUAUGUGCAUUGCUCGGUCUCUGUAAAAACUUUAAUAAAAUAAAAAAUGCAGGGAUUGAAGUUCACAUUGAAGUGACAGAGUGAUCUGAUAAAAUGUUUUAUGGUCAACUAAAUUCUGGGAUCAAAAUUAAGCCCAAUUACUAUUAAUUAAACCUCAGUUAACUGGGGAAAGGAAUCGUGAACGUAAUACAGUAAAAUGUGCAAACAAAACAUUCAAAUGUAUAUUCCCACCAAUAUAAACAUAUACACAAAAAAGACAACAGCAAGCCAGUCCAUAAUUUAAAGAUAACAUUUUAAUAGACGACUG